GUUUCAGCGAUAUUUGGGGCAAUGCAUUGUGGUAAGUGGCGGCAAAGAUUUUUCAAGAUGGCUACAGUGGGACGAUCAGAACGUAAAUUUUGGCUGUCUUAUUCAGUUUCAUACUCCAUAUAGGUCUUUUUCGUCAGUUUUGGUCAGGAAAAAGUAUGUAGAAUAUGAUUUGUCAUCAUUUGAUGUACAGAUCGAUUACGGGCAUCGCCUAGAUCGCGAGGAGCAACGCGGAAUUAAAACCCAAGUUUGAAUUUUUAAACCGUCUGCAACUAGGGGGGCAGGGUCUAAACUUGUCUGAGUCGUUGUUGUCUGCUCCCGUUGAAGACCUUUCCUCUGUGCAAGUGGGAUUCCGUCUAACCUUGGAGGAUGAGGGGUAGACAAACUGCAAAACAAGCUGCGGUAGAUGACGGGGAGAGCAGAGGUAGAAGGAAACUGGACUUUGCGGCCAGCUCCAGUUCCAAGACUCCGCAGCCCCUGGCAGGGAAAGUAUUCUUCCUGGACCUACGUGGUUAUGGAGCUCUCAACAUUAAAAAACUGGAGAGCAACAUAGUGCUGCUAGGAGGGAGUGUUGUGAACUUCUUUGACAAAGAUGUGGGUGUGACCCAUGUGAUCAGUAACCAGGACGGAGCCAAGAAGGACACGCCCUCCGGCCCUGCCGACAGUCCGGCUGCCUCCACUCCCAGUCCAUUCAGUGCUGCUACAUCUGUCAGAAGAUCAUCCAGAGGUAACCUCCAGUCUCCUGCGGUUGACUCUCCCAGUAAUGCAGGAUCCAGCAGUGCAGUGUCUCGUGGUAAGGCCAUCGCUAGAAAAGCCAUGGACACACAGAAACAGGGAAGCAGUAAUGUGCUAUCUAUUGCCAAACAACUGAAACUCAAGGUCAAGCAUAUAGAUGUGGCAGCUCAGUGGAUAGAAGAACAGGCAGUCAAACUAAAGAAGGCUGGAGUGAAGAGACCACAGAAGCCGGCACAGGCUUCAGAAAAUGUCUCCAAAGCACGUAAACUGAAACCACCGUUUGUAAAGUUUGAAGACAGCAGUCAGCAGUACAGACCGGUGUAUGAGGAGCUGCCCAAGUUCCCCAGAGUCAACGUGGACACACCCAGCGGAACAUGUCCGUUCGACGGAGGGGCGUACCAAGACGUGCCCGUGGCCGAGAGGAGCAAGGAAGAGGCGAGCAGAGCGGAGGAGGGGGAGGGAGGGACGGGAAAGAAGAGCGAACAACGGAAGGAAGAAAACACACGGAGGUCUUCACCCAGAAAGAAGGUACAACACAAGGCCUCCUUAGCGAAGAAGGCCGCGACAAGCCAGUCACGAAGUAAGCCCAGCGCUCUGAAGGUGAAGAAGAAUGCUGGCUACUGCGAAUGCUGCAUGCUCAAAUACAACGAUCUGCAACAGCACAUCAAAGGGGACCAGCAUAGAGCCUUCGUGAAGCGACAAGAGAACUACAUCUCAUUGGACAGGCGGAUUCGCAAGGGUCCCGUUCUGGACCGCUUUCUUAAGGACGUGAUGAAAUACCACCCCAUCGAUAAGACGAGGGCUCUUCAGAGCCCUGGCUGGCCAGAGGACACUGAUACAGGAGACCAGGGGGAGCCAGAGGAGCAGGACAACGGAAGUGAUGAUGUCAUCCUCAUCAGCGACCCUGCGCCCGUUGUCGCGGCGCCCAGGUGGCCGACGCCCGCCAUGUGCAAAAUCGGGAUGGUGGAUCCGUCCGUCAUAUCGUCCUUGAGGUCUUUGUCCCAGCAUAGCGGGCCGACCAAACCUGACCAACGGGACCGUGGGGAGGGCGCCUCGUCUGCAAGUAGUCUCCACAAUCUGAGUGACAGUGAAGAUGAGGAAGAAAGGAGGAAAAGAAAGCACAAGAAGAAGAUGGCGAAGGUUACGACUCCGCAGAAGGUGUUCGGAAGUUCGCCUGAGAAAAGAUUUCCUGCUCUGGACAGAUUGGUGACAUCAGUAGAAAACAAAAUGGAGAAGAGGAAGAGUAGUGACCAGGGUUCACAAUGUUCUGCCCCGAAAAGACAAAGAGUAGAAGUUUGUGACAGUUCACCAGAAAGGGGAAAGAAGACAGAAAAAGCAAAGAAAUCACCAAAACCUACUCAGAAAAACUUUCAAAGGUUACAGGAAGAAGAUGAGGAAGGCAAUGAAAGACAGCAUAGGGAUGAGGAACAUACGUUACAAGAUGCUGAGCCAAACUGUGAACAAAAAGCUGCUCAGGACAGAACUUUUAAGGCGUCUAACACACCAUCACCAUCAAAUGUCAGGCCAAGAAGAUCCCCAGGGGAAAGGAACUUAGGUACUCUUGAGCAAUCACAAGAGAAAGUUGAACAUUCAGGUCAUGAGGUUAGGAGAAGUGGUAAAAAGAGUAAGCAAAAGCAUGACAGCGAUAUGUCCGAUCACAAGGAGCAGGCACCUGCCAAACAGAUAGAUAGCGAAGUGGGACAGUCUAGACUGCUUGUCACGCCGGAGAAAAGGCUUUCUCUUGUGGAAAUUCAGGCGACUCCUAUCCGAGGAACAGACGAGUUGGAGAGACGGCAGAAAGAACUGGUGCGAUCGCCAUCUCCAGUUAUCAGUCCUGAGACAAGACAGAGCUUACCUAAGGACAACACUACUGCUGUGUUUAGCAGCUCUGUGAGCACAAGCACACCUCUCAGAACUCUGAAACAGAGGACUGAAACAGUAGAGACUCUUCCACAAAGAAAGUCACCAAGGUCAAGCACACAGCCAAAACUAAAACCUGCACAGGAACCUACAAAGAGAGAGCCCGGCAGGAAAGCUUUACGGAAAACCAAACACCUUGAAAACUCCCCUGACCGUUCCCCCUCAGUGCACAGACACAACUUGAACUCUCAGGCCCCACCUUCGGAUCAAUGCGCUGCUUUGUUAAUGACAAGCGAACUUUCAGGGGCAGAGUUUCUUGGCUUCGACCUGACAGUGAGCGAGGCUGAUCGAAUCUGGCAACAGGCUUCCGGCGUUGACGCAUCUCGACGCGCCCUUUUCGAAGAGUCCAGUGACAAGUCAGAAAUUUUUGAGAUUGACAUUGGCGCCUUCCAGAGCGAAGGAUCUGACUGGGACAAGCCUGUUACCGGCUUCAUCUCUGCCGAACUCUCCAGGAAGGUCAGUGUAAGUACAGCAGUCUUCUCUCCCAGGGAUUCUGACAAGGAGAAUCAGGAAGAUGGUGCCAGGCAGAGGCUGAAUUCAUCUGGAGGGAAGAACUUUUAUACCACGGACCUCAGCGGGAAUCUGUUGUCGGAUGUACGGUUACGCAGGCUGGAACUGGAGAGGAGGUUCACUCAGGGUAGACUGUCCCAGACGAGAAGUUUCUGUGAAAUUGCGGGACUUCCACCCUUACCUGAGCCCCCUCCUGUCCAAGAGAAGGACGCCACUCCACCUGAAUUAGAGAUUGUGGGAAAAACACCAGAGGCCAAGGAAACUAACCACAGAUGUGGUGACAAGCCUCCCCCUUUAGACCUUUUAGAUCACAUUGAGCAACCCCUGGUCCAACCAGGCCCAUCUAGAACUGUGGCCAAACGUUCCAAAGGAAAGAGUCCAAAGUACAUUCUAGAAGGAGAAGAAGUCGGACUGGAAGAUGUUGAGAGUGUGGGUUGGAGUGACUGCGAUAAGUCAGAAGUACAAGACUUUCGACUUAAGGUGCGUAAUCCCCAGACAAAUGAAGUGCACAUCCUUAAGGCAGCCAAACCCAUACAGCUGCAGGAUCCUUUUUAUAUCAUGUCGGCUCCUACCACUCAGCCCGAUCAGGGGGGGAACCGAGGAUAUUGCGAGACUGGCCCAAUGAGUCCGGGGGUGAGUCCAAAAGGGAAGUUCAAAUACAAACCAAGCCCUAAGAAAGUGCUUCGCUAUAAGUCAAAGGAAGUGCUGCUGAAGUCCCCCGUGAAAAAUGCGUACAGUCGUCCGGCCGCGGAAUUCCCAGAGUCCGCAGUGCGUAGAAUAAUGGACGACUUGGGUUUCCAAGAGGCUGCCACGGUUCUUCAGGAGGGUUUUGGGUACCAGGGUACUCCACGUCGGAACAGGAGGCUGUCAGAGGUGGGACUAACAAAUGUGGAGUAUGACAACCUGAUUGAUUCAGUCAUCAACUCCCCCAGAUGGAACUCGGAGUCCCAGCUGGGGGUUUCCAUGAGCUCAAACAUCGACGCGUUGGAUCUGUUGGAUGACUGGGACAAGUUGAUUAGCGAAGACACAUCUGACGCACUGUCCUCUAGUGAUCUUGUUGCAUCGUUCGACCCCACUAUGUCCCAUGAGGAUCCCACUGUGUCUAGCGAAGAUCCCACAGUGUCCCAUGAGGAUCCCACUGUGUCUAACGAAGAUCCCACAGUGUCCCAUGAGGAUCCCACUGUGUCUAACGAAGAUCCCACUGUGUCCCAUGAGGAUCCCACUGUGUCUAACGAAGAUCCCACCGUGUCCCGGGACUGUCCAGCUGUAUCCCAUGGCGAUCCCGUAGGGUCCCAGGAUCCCACCACAAGGGAGAAGCAAAGAAGAAAAGCUCCUGCAAGACGUUACAGUUCAUCUAGAUCUGAUGAUGGUAUUUGGGAAAAGUUGCAAAGGUGGGUAAGUGAAGGGAGCAGUGAGGGAUCAAACCCGUACGUCAAGACAAAAGAUGUCGGCACUAGCCCUGUACGGCUAACUGUACCGGAAAUGCAGGAGCUCAGUAAGCAGUCCUUGAGAUCACCCAGGAGGUCAGGGAAAUCGGGAAAACAGAAAAAACAAAGUCCAAACCAAUCUCAGGUAGAUUCCAAUAAGCCGACAAACAGUUUGUCACAGAAGCCAUGCAGAACUUCGCCAAACACAAAGGUAGAAAAUGCCUCGAGAAUACAGAUCCUAAAACAAAAGUACAUGAACAGGAACAGACCCUCAGCACGUCCCCACUAUAACUCUACUCAUGGACGGUACAGGAAAAACUUGAAACUACCCAUCAGAAGACGACCUGCACAGCGAACAAGAAAAGAAAAACCUGUCAAGGAAAAGCCCACCAAGAAGCCCACUAGACGGUCGCCUAGAGUCAUACUUCACAGACUGAACCUACAAACUGUCCAGACCACUGCAGCAGGGGAUUUAGUUGUGCAGCCGGUACAGAAUGAGCCAGUGGGAGCCGGCCAGGCGGGGAAGCAGACCAACCAAACAGCUCAGAGGAAAAGGAGAAGGCGGAAACCAGGUCCGGCCCCCAAACAGGACAUUAACAAGGCAGGUACGCAGACAACCCAGGGUGGUCAGAAGGUUAUAAAGAGGAAACCGGGACGGCCACCGAAAGUGCGUGGUAAUGUGGCAAGUACACAGACAGUCCAGGGAAAAGUACCGGGUGUUCACAUGGCAAGUACACAAGCAAACCAGGCAGGUCAAAAGGUGGUGAAGAGGAAACCAGGACGGCCACGUACACGGCCACGUAAAGAGGAUGUCAACAUGCAGCAUGUGCAAAGCAGUCCAAGCCCAAUGAUACCUGCUGGGAAAAGUAUACCUAUUCAAAGUACGCAGAAUAACCCAAGCCAGAGAAUAUCUGCUGGAAAGAGUCCAUCAGUUAGUACAGCUCAACAGCCAGAGCUUGUCCUGAAUAGAAGUACUCCUGUUCAAAGUGCGCAAAACAAUCCAAGCCAGAUGAAACCUGUUGGGAAAAGUAUGCCCGUCCAAAGUACUGUAAACAGUCCCCGUCAGAGGAAUUCUGUAGGGAAGAGUCCCCCAGUCAGUACAGCUCAACAGUCCCAGAUGAAACCUGUUGGGAAAAGUACGCCUGUCCAAAGUACAGUAAACAGUCCCCGUCAGAGAAAUUCUGUAGGGAAGAGUCCCCCAGUCAGUACAGCUCAACAGUCCCAGAUGAAACCUAUUGGGAAAAGUAUGCCUGUCCAAAGUACAAUGAACAGUCCCCGCCAGAGGAAUUCUGUAGGGAAGAGUCCCCCAGUCAGUACAGCUCAACAAUCACAGACUGUCUUGAGCAGGAAAAACUUGGACAUUCCAUCCAGUCCAGAUACAGUGCCUUCACCGCAGCGCAUGACUCCCAAAAGGAAAGGUAUGGACUCUCCCGACACGUGGACUUCACCGAGGAAGAAAUCAACCUUACCGACAUCACCAGAACCCUCCGUGGGAAAAACGUCAUCCAUACCGGCGUCGCCAGAACCUUCCAUCGAAAAGAAGAAAGAAACACCAUCACCUGGCGUCCGAAGGGGGAGAGGUCUGAAGAAAAGCAUUCCAGAAUGCAGAAAUAAGUAAGGAUUGAUCUAAAAGUUGUAUGGACAAGUCACCUAAGUAGGAAACAUUGUUGGCAGAAGCAAGUAUCACUCGCCUUUUCUUCAAGGAAGUAACAGUUGUAGCAAAAAAUGUCUCCGCCCCUCAUGUGUCGCCAAAAAUCAGUGGACUGUUAGGUGUGUUCUUAGUAUCUGAAACUGCUGAAUUGCUGAACUGAACAUACCAUAUAUUAGCCUUACUAAUUUAAGUCUGUACUGUUAUACUGUAAUUUUGAUGGGACCUCUGCAGAAAUAAUUCUUUAUGACUUUAAUGCCAUUUGCAAUCCAGAAACUAACCUGUUUCAAUGAGGUAGACACUGUUACUUAACUGAAAUAAGUUUGAAGUAAUUGGUGGAUAACUUGAACAGGUCCAUACUCUAAAGUGAUCUUGAAAUGACAUCUUUGCUGUUCAUAUAGUAAAUGACAUACACAGUCUUCCUCACAUUUGUAAUGAGGUAGUAUAUCCAAUUAAGGUCAGUAACGCACAUCUGUCAGACAGUAUACUGUUGCUAUGACUAUUUGUAUCCGCAAGUAUGUCAGUCUCUCUUUCUUUUUGUACAUUUUG